CGAAGAACAGGAAUUACCGGCAUUUUUGGCGCGGAAACUUAUGGAGUAUGUACAGUCUGUCAGUCCGUAUGUAUCUCGAGUCUUAUCGAGGAGUAAAAUGAAUGAUUAUAUAGAAUUGCGUAUGAUAUCUAGCUAGAACAAUAAAGUGAGACAAGUUUCAUAUUAUUUCAUAUGUUUUGUAAAUCGGUGCGCGCUUAUAAAGCAGGUACACGCGGGUCUUCUGUUUUCUUGUUCCAUCCAGUGAUAUCUUAAUGUUACUGAAAGAGAGAGAAAGAAAGAUAUCGCGCUUAUAUUUCCGACAAUGACGAUGAUUGUUGCUGAUUAUCCCGUGAUUACUGGUGUAACGGAAAUUUUUUCAAACAACGAUAAAGAUUUUAAGGAAAAUGAACAUCAUAUCGAAAAUGUUGAGUCUAACAUCCCCAAAGUUGCUUCAAUAUGUAUCAAUGAAGAAACACAUAACCAGAAACAUAAGGAAAACGUUGAAGAGUACUCAGGAGAAACCGUUUGCGACAGCAUAUCCAAUGAAAAAAAUAGCUCUUGCAAUUUUGAGAAUUUACAAAACAACAAAGUCUCUAAUAAUCCAACUGAGAGUGAUCAUCUAGAUGAUAAUACUGAUCUGAUUGAAAACAGCAAAAGCAUUGAAGUAAAAGAAGCUGUUGAUAAAUAUUUUAGUGAUAAUAAUGAGAAUAAAAUUAGUGAAACAAUAUUUUCAAAGAGACUCAUGACCUUUGUGAAUAGUGAUCCCGAAGAAGAGACUGAUAUAUGUGAAACAUCAAAUGAAGGAUCUCUUGCUGACAGAAAUAAUUAUUCCGGAUCAUCUGAACAAAUACAAAUUGCAAAAUACAAGGAAAGUUCUAAAACCAAAUAUAUAAGAAGGAUAGUAGACAGUGAAUCUGAAGACGAUGAAGAAGCAAGCAAUAUUUAUAAUUCAUCUCAAACACCCUGCAAAACUUUAGAUGUUACUACUAAUGGUUACCAGGUUCUAAUUGAUCCCGAAUCUGAAGAAGAAAAAGAAACAUUGGACAGUUCUGUCGCAUUUGAUGGUACUGAUACAUCAAAAAUCAAGAAUGUUAAAGGAAUAUCUGCUCAAAAAAUCAAGGGUUCUUUAAGAGUUUCCAAAAUUGAAGCAAUGCAUAAAAUAUACAGCGAAAGUCAGCGUUUAUUGAGGGAAACGGGAGUCUCUUUGCCGUAUCACAGGCCUAAACAGCGUACAUUGCAAGAAUUUUUAAACAGAAAGAAAUUAUCUGUGUCUCUUCCAAAAGCACCUUCCACAUCUGCGAAACUAAAAAUGUCAUCUGCUAUAGUAAGCCAAAUCCUUGCAGAAAAGGAAAAAGAAGCAGAAGACUUCUACAAAUCCUCGGAUUCAGAAGAUGACACACGUGAAAUUACAUUAUUAGCUUGUGAGAAUGUAAAAAAAUCUUCCAUUACAAAUGAAGAGAAACCUGCUACAGACAUUGAACUCAUCUGUGCUCCAGAUACAAAAAUUAAUAAAACGAACGAUCAAGAUUCUCAUGGUAAUGGAGAAAUUAUACAACAAGACAAUAUAAAUCUUGUAGCUCAUGAAGCAACAGUUGAAAAUGAUAUCUGCGAGAUAGAUCAACAAGAUAAUGGUCAUGUACUUGGCUUGCCGCUUCCAAAAUUUACAGAUGAUACCUCAAUCGAUAGAAAGAAGCUGCUACCAAACCCGGCGUUAAAUUCGAAAGUUACAUUGAAAGGAUCACCAGGUAUGAUUAUUGAUUUAAUGGAUUACACGGAGUCGAAUUCAAAGGGUCUAGAUAGUUUAUUGGAAAGAUUUUUCUGUAAACACGUUGUCAAUACAAAUAAGCAGACUGAUAACAGAUCCGAAGUAACCGUGGUACAUUUGCAAGAUACUCAACAUGGUCCCAUUCCGAUUAAGGAAGUACUUCCGUAUAAAUUACCCGCUGAUACCGAUAAUCCCGAAUUGAACAAGCCUGGCGCUAAAUUGAUGCGUUUGAAAGAACAACUGAAGCUGCAAAUGUCUCUUAAACGAAACGAAGAGUGGAAGCAGAAGGAAAUAGAAUUGCAGACACAAGAAAAAGAGAUAUGGAGUGAGGAAGAAGAAACUGAAGAUCAUUUAGACGACCGAGGGAAAGUCGAUAUCUUAGAGUCAAGUGACAGCGGAGAGAGCGAGCCUGAGGAGAACGAUGUCUGUAUUAAGGAUAAGAAAAGAAAGAAGUGCUUGUUUGCAGAUGACGAAGCAGAAGUUACAGAAAAUGAAAAUUCAGAUGCAGAUGAAACAGAUACGGAUGAAGCGGAAUGUACAGCGAGCAAACAGUUUGCGAGUUGCAAGCAUGGAGAUGAAGAAAAAUGCACAAACGAUAACGAAUGUGACGUAGAAAUGGAAGAGAAAGAAGGAACCGAAGGCAAAGACAAAGGCGGCGGAAAUACAGAUGAAGAUGAGGAUGAGGAUGGAAAUGACAUUGAAGAUGAAACUGAACUUACAGACGAGGAUAAUGAUAAUAUAGGCGAGAGCAUUAGCGUCAGAAAUGAGAAGAAAAGAAAGCGGCUGAUACAGAAAUAUCAAGACGACGACUCAGAAAACGAAGAUAGUCAGUUAAGAAGCAUAAUGGAAAUACAUACGUCCAAAGCACAUUCCGAAGAUAAUGGUUGGACAAGCGAGAAUAAAAGUAAUAUACAAAAGCAGCCAGAAGUUACAAAAAGUCAAAUAUGCAAGACACCUAUGGCAAAGACCAGUAUGCUUGAUUUCGUUUCCCCUAUAACGCAAUUGAGUAUAUUGAACGGUUCAUUGGACUCUGACAGAAAAGAACACCCAGUUGAUAAGCAUGAUUUCAUUUUCACGGUAAAUAGACAGAGUGAACGGUCUUCGCAAAAUGCACAUGAGAUUAGGAAUAAAGCUAUUUCGCAAAAGAAGCUGUUUUACGACAUCGAGGAAAGCAUAGACGAUGAUUAUCUUAUGCAAUUGUGCUCAACCAAAUUCGAAUCUACACAGAGGAGCGAUUUAGGUUUGGAAAGUUCAACGUGGCAAUCUAACAAUGCUGUGUCGCAGUUACACGAAUUGAAUGCGGGAAGUCGCAAUGCGAGAUUGAUCGGCAUGCAAGAAGAAAGAAAAAGUUCAGGGACAAAAAGUAAAAUCUCUCAAGGGAAAAGUCUCUUCGGCAAUCCUAUAUCACUCAACACAACGAAAGCAGAGCAAGUCAGCCCAGUGGAUUCAGAAAGGUUGAAGUUGAGGAUUGUUUCCUCAGACGAUGAGGAAAAUACGUCGGAAGAGGAAGAUACGUUCUUAAAACACAGGAAACGUCCAGCCAAGAGAUUAGAUUUAUCUGAUUCAGAAGAGGAAAACGCCCGGUCUUCCGAUGAGGAGGACGACAAUGCGAAUGGUGAAGAGACGGAAGAAAAUGGAUAUGUGGACUAUGAUUCCGAAGAGAACGAAGUGAUGGUUGUACCGACAAAAGACAUGCAAAAAGUCGCGGCUAAUUUUCUAGAAGAGGAAGCCGAACUGAGUGAGAGUGAUUGGGAUUCUGCAGAUGAAGAUGAGAAGGACUUGGAUAAGUUAGAGUUCGAAGAGGCCGAUGAAGAACACAUAGACGAGGAUGAAGUAAAGGACCAAGUAGGAAAGCUUCAUACGAAGCAGGUGUUGGAUGAAGAUAAGAGGGAAAUUCGACUGCUUAAGGAAUUGUUGUUUGAGGAUGGUGAUUUACAUACGGAUGGAGCGGGUCGUGAGCGGAAAUUCAAAUGGAGAAAUAUAGAUAAAUUGGGAAACGACAUUGAGAUGCCUCAAGUGCUUGUCGAGAAUGAUGGUUGGGUAGAUGUGCAAGAAGACGAAGAGGAAGCAAAGUGGAAGAAACUCAGACACGAAAGGGAUAAAUUCCUCGAAGAGAGAAUGAAAACUUUAAGCAGCGGAGUCGAAGAUGAUUUGCGCGAUAGCCAAAUUUUUAAAUUUGGACUGAAAACAGUCGAGAAAAUCAGGAACAAUCAAUCUCAGAAACAAGAUAUUUCUUCCGACAAAGUGAACUUAUCGGAAAAUACAGAACCGAUUAUGCCACGGAAUAUAACGGAUCUUUUAUAUGUUUCAAACACUGGGAAGAAAUCUCAUACAAUAUAUAAUGUUAUAAAAAGGCGUUCACUUUUAAGUCGAGGAGAAGAAUCAUUGGCGAGAAUAGCUUCGUUAGCGAAGCAAAGUGAUACUGUUUCUCAUACGACGAACACAAGGAAUUUUGUCUUCCAGUAUAUCGAUCCAUCUGUAAGUAAUACAUCCAAAGAAGAAGAAACUAGCGAAGAGAAGGGAGGAAAGGACUGGAAUUUGCAAAAUCAGCCUCGAAAAAGAAAGGUAACAUCGAAUUUUUCCACGACAAUGAAGAAAAGGCGAAAAUAAAAAUUGUACUUACAGAAAAAUGAUUUUUAUUUCUUAUAAGAUUAUGACGUGUAUCUGUAUGUAUAGAGAAGUAAAAUUUGUUACAUAACUUU